CAAACAUUUCGGACAUUUCCAAAUCACAAAAUCUAUAUAUUAACACUCACACUCCAACACACCGUCACCCUCCACUCUCUUAAUCCAGUAACCACCACACUCGAUUCCAAAAACAGCAACCAUGGCUAUGGCUUUCAAGAUGGCGACGACGGGGAUGUGGGUGACGGACGAAUGCAAGAACUCGUUCAUGGAGAUGAAAUGGAAGAAGGGGCACAGGUACAUCGUGUUCAAGAUCGACGAGGAGUCCCGAUUGGUGACCGUCGACAAGGUGGGCGGGCCGGGGGAAGGCUACACCGAACUCGCCGCGUCGCUGCCGGAGGACGACUGCCGGUACGCCGUCUUCGACUUCGAUUUCGUCACCGUCGACAACUGCCGGAAAAGCAAGAUCUUCUUCAUUGCGUGGGCUCCAACAGCAUCAAGAAUCAGAGCAAAAAUACUAUACGCAACCUCAAAAGAUGGACUGAGGAGGGUUCUUGAUGGGAUCAGCUAUGAAGUCCAAGCAACUGACCCAACUGAGAUGGGGAUUGACGUAAUCAAGGACAGGGCCAAAUAGAAUACUUACUCCACAAAAUCCAAUCCUAUUAGGAUUUGGUAGGAGUACUUUAUUACUCCUAGUAUCUUCUAAUAACUCCAAUUAGUGGUGCUUUCUUGUUUUUUUUCUAAUGAAAAGGGUGGGCUGGAUGAAUCAGCGUAGAGAUCUUCCGAGCGCGACCUAUUACGUUCGGGCUUAAACCAUAGCUGAUCCGGCCGGGAUGGUGCUUUCUUGUUGUUUAGCCCUUUUUUGAUCCUUUGUUUCUCCGCAGUGGUGUAACAUAAUUAAGCUUCUAAUCUAAUAAUUAUCCAUGAUUCCA